UGCGUCCGUGCGGAAACAUGCGACGACCAUGCUGGGACUGUUAACGCUAAACUCCAAACGUUCCCGUUAUGUUAAAACAUUAUUGCGCGCGUUGAAUCAGACCGAUGGACUCCGGAGUCUCUCAGACAUCGGCCAGUCCGACCAACACAUCCGGAGUUUCAUCCGAGAGAACACGGAAAUAUGUGGAGGGCAGAGUCUGACGCCGGAGAUCCGACUGAGGCUCUUCACCCCGAACUGCCGGUUCUGGAGGGAGAGACCCGAGCUGUGGCCCUUCGAGGAGCCGUACUGGGCCAUCUACUGGCCCGGGGGUCAGGCAGUCACCCGGUAUCUCUUGGACAACCCUGGACUGUGUCUGGGUAAGAAGGUCCUGGAUGUGGGGAGCGGCUGUGGAGCCUCUUCUAUCGCUGCAAAACUCUGUGGUGCUGCUCAUGUUGUUGCUAAUGACAUUGACCCCGUUGCAGCCGUUGCGUUCCACAUGAACUGCGAGCUGAACGGCUUGGACCCGCCCAUUUGCGCGACAGACAACAUGAUUGGUUCGGAACCAGAGGGCUUUGACCUGAUCCUCCUGGGUGACAUGUUCUACGACGAGGCCCUGGCCACCAGCCUUCACCGCUGGUUGAACCGUUGCAUCAAAACCCACGGCACCCAGGUCCUGAUCGGCGAUCCCGGCAGAGCCCAGUUUGAGGGACACAGCAUCCGGCGGCUCCUGCGUCAACUGGCUCAGUUUGAGCUGCCGGAGUCUGUCAGAGAAGAAAACUACGGACUGACCUGCAGCAGUGUUUGGUGCUACACUCCCGAAGUCUGAGGCCGACAGAGGAUCCCCUGCACCCUCUUACAUGAAUGUAAUUAAUACUUCUGCUAUAAGCAUCUGCAAAGCACUGCGGGCACUUUGUGGGUCUAGUUUUUUAAUAUCCGGAAUACUGUGUUGUAUUCAUAUACACAACGUGACUGAUGAGAAUCUUUAUAUGUGGAUGUUAACGGUAUAAUGAUAGAAAAUAAAUUCAUAAAACUA